AAAAUAGAAAAAGAGCGUGUUACAUGUGCCGUUGACACGUUCAUUCCGUGCAACAGCAGCAGCAACAGCAACGGACGAAGGUGUUUUCUCUCUCUAGGGUUUCACUCACUCUCUCACCACCGUACUUGAGCCGGAUCGUUGCCGGUCGCCGGCGUCAUUCCCAUAAGUCGCCGCCAUGAAACUCACUGUUAAGACUUUGAAAGGCAGCCAUUUCGAAAUUAGGGUUCAGCCAUCCGACACUAUUAUGGCUGUCAAGAAGAAUAUAGAAGAUGUGCAAGGCAAAGAUAAUUACCCAUGUGGACAACAGUUGCUUAUUCACAAUGGCAAGGUUUUGAAAGAUGAAACAACAUUAGCAGAGAACAAGGUCUCUGAGGAUGGUUUUCUUGUUGUUAUGCUUAGCAAGGUAGUUUAUUCCUUCAUGAAAACUUUUUCAAAUUAUAACACCCUUCCUUCCUCAAAACCUGCCAGCAAUCCACCUGCAGCUGUAUCAACCUCAAAUUCCACGCCUGCUCCUGAACCUCCUGCACAAACUCAGGCUGCGAAUAACAGUACAUCUGGCCCAGCUGUCACAACUACAAAUACAAACGUGUCUGCAGAUACUUAUGGUCAGGCUGCUUCAAAUUUAGUUGGUGGUAGUAAUCUUGAGCAGACUAUUCAACAAAUUAUGGACAUGGGAGGUGGCAACUGGGACAGAGAUACAGUUACUCGUGCUCUUCGGGCAGCUUACAAUAAUCCAGAGCGUGCUAUAGACUAUUUGUACUCUGGUAUCCCCGAAGCAGCAGAAGUUGCUGUACCAGUUCCUCAAUUCCCAGGUAGUCAGACAACUGAAACAGCUGGGGUCACUGCUGGAGCAGUUCCUGGACUACCUAACUCAUCUCCCUUAAAUAUGUUUCCACAGGAGACAAUUUCUGGUGCUGGUCCUGGACUAGGAUCUCUUGACUUCCUCAGAAACAAUCCCCAGUUUCAAGCAUUGCGUUCAAUGGUGCAAUCAAAUCCACAAAUUUUACAGCCUGUACUUCAAGAACUUGGAAAGCAGAAUCCCAAUCUUUUAAGACUCAUUCAAGAACAUCAUGCUGAGUUUCUACAGUUGAUAAAUGAACCUGUUGAGGGAUCUGAAGGUGAUAUAUUUGACCAGCCUGAGCAGGACAUGCCUCAUGCCAUCAAUGUGACUCCAGCUGAGCAGGAGGCAAUUGCAAGGCUUGAGGCAUUGGGAUUUGAUAGAGCCUCGGUCAUAGAGGCGUUUUUGGCAUGUGACCGGGAUGAACAAUUGGCAGCGAAUUACUUAUUGGAGAAUGCUGGAGAUUUUGAGGAUUAAAUUACUAACUUACGCUGACUCAUAGUUUUGUUCGGGCUCGCUCUUUUAAUUAUUUUUUUUGGUCUUCCUUUCUAGAAAAAACUUAAUGUGCUUUUCUGGGGAAAUUUACUUGGGUAGGGUUUGGAUUUUGAACUGGAAUUGGAUUUGGGAUGACAAAACAUCGCUAAGAAAAUUAGACUAUUACUAUUCAUUUUAUAUUUGUGUAUGACAGCACCUGAGGAAUUAGCAAAGGUCCGUCUAAUUGUAAGUUUAUUCUAUUGGUAUUGGUAGUUUGGUACUAUCAAUUUUUUAAGCAACACUAGUUUUACAUGCAUGGGGAUCAACUCUGCUCAA